AUGACCGCUCCAGUUAGUAGAAGAUCAACGGGUCGAUCCGACCCGUUCGGGAACCGUUUGACACUUUCCAGCAUCACAAUAGUGCCCGGGCACAAGAGACCGGAACGAGGUCAGCUCAGGAGAGCCGUAUCUACCCUACUGUCAAUUCAUUGCAUUUCCUGCACGCUCUUCUCGAAACGGGAGGUGGUUGAUCGAAAUUCUCCUUUGUUCUGCAAGUGGGGCCGACUCCAGACCCCGAUGGUUCCCAAACUCCUAGGCCACAUUGAAUCUACUAAAGAGAUCCAUUUGCAAUCUUUGCAACCCUUCUUGUCCAAUGCUUCACGUUAUUGCUCCAUCCUUCCCUCUUCCGAACAGUCGGUCGAGCUGCUUAUCAUGGCCGCGCCACAUCAAGGGCCGCUCCCGUCUUCUGCCGCUUCCCGCAGCUAUACGCCUGCACCGGAGCGGCUCCGACUGCGUAACAGCUGCCAUGGCUGUGCAUCAUCCAAGUUGAAAUGCUCUCAGGACAAGCCAACAUGCUCUCGCUGUGCAAAGCGCGGUCUUACCUGCGAAUACCUGGCCGCGAAGCAAGGAGGCAGAAAGCCCAACAGACAGUCAGUCAGCAGCCAAAGCCGCUGUGAUCGGCCUGCAGAUGCCGCACCAGAAGCAAACGCUUAUGCAUGUUUACCGGCGCAAGCCGAGUCGGCUGCUUCGUCUUCAAACUCAGGUGUUGAUGCUCUGGGUUUGCCUGAUAAUAUACGUCACUCCCCAAGGACGAGCUUUUCCACGUCUUCGAAUGUGAUACAGAAUCUGUUCGGGCUCCUGGAUGAGAUCUCAUCUUCAGCAUCAACUACGCAAAUCGACUUCUCCGACUAUUUUUCCACCCCUGUGUCGUAUGCUGUGGACAUGGACGAUAUGGACCUUCUUGGAACAGCCGACAUAUUUUCCACGGGUGUGAAUAGCAGCAACAAUGGCUCCGAAGGCCCUUUUGAUGCAUUCCCACCAUUUGGAGCCACCAUUUCUGAACUCUUUACCGUCUCCAUCCCUAGCCCCACACCAAAUCCUUCUGUGCAGCCUGGUAUGGAAGUAGCACAAAGCUACCAAGGGUUCGGUGCGAACAAGCUGCUACACUCUUGCUUGAAUCGGGCCCUCAGGUCCAUGGAGCAGAUCUCCUCUGUGUCCUGUCUCAAGGGGGCUUCCGCAAGCACGAUGAUCCGAACCAUUGUCGUCCAGAAUAAAGCUACCAUUGAAUCCGUCAACACGAUGCUCACAUGUGCAUGCUCACAGCAUGGGUAUUUGCUUAUCGUCAUCUCUCUUGUCGUAUUUAGAGUAUUGGACUUGUACGCUGCUGCUGCACGGCAAACGCAGAGCUUGCAGGAUCUACAAUCUUACAGUUCACACCUAUCGUCAGUAGCUGAGUUUGCCAUUCCGACCCCUGCUACUGUGGGGAACUACUGCCUUGAAGGCGCAGAUUCGGCACGUAUGGCAGCGCAGCUUGUGCUUAGUGAGCUGCACCUCGUGCGACGUCUUGUCGAGCAGCUCUCGUCAACACUAAAGAAGCAGGCGGCUCAGAGUGGAAGAGGGGGUGAGACAGGCACCCCGGAGAGUAUGAGUUUGGAUGUGGACAACGAGAGGGCAUUGCCACUUUCAUCAGCGAUAUACGAUAAUCUGGCCCUCGAUUUGGCGAAACGCCUCAAGGCACUUUCCCUGGAUAUAAUAAAUCAGUUGAGAAAGUUCUAA